UUGUGCUACCGCCAAUCUACCGGUUAGUGCUACAAAAGCGACCCCCCAAACGAGAUGUGCUUCCUAAAAGAAGAUCGCCGCGGUGAAUUUACCCUGCUGCAGUCGCACGGCACGAUUCGAGAUGUGAUAGACGGACUGCUGAAAACGCCAGCCCCCGAAGAUCCUUUUCACGUGCUCGAUCUGGAUGACGUUGUGCAGAAGCAUGUGAACUGGCUGCGGCAGAUGCCGCGGGUCAAGCCGUUCUACGCCGUCAAGUGCAACGAUGAUCCGUAUAUUCUGGAGGCCCUCGCCUGCUUGGGAACUGGUUUCGAUUGCGCGUCGAAGGCGGAGAUCCGGAAAAUUCUGGACCUGGGAGUCGAACCGGAGCGAAUAAUCUUCGCUCAUCCGGUGAAAUCCAAGGAGGCGCUGCAAUUCGCCAAAGAGCAGCGGGUUACUAGGAUGACCUUCGAUAACGAAUUGGAGCUGGAGAAGAUUGCCCAGUUCUAUCCGGAAGCCGAGCUGGUUCUGCGAUUUCGGCACGAUUCAUCCAAGGUGUUGAUUUCGCUUGGGAAGAAAUUUGGAUGCGAUGCGGAAGAGGAAGGUUUGGUGUUGAUUCAGAAAGCCAAGGAGCUAGGACUUAAGAUUGUGGGUGUGAGUUUUCACGUUGGGUGUGGCAGUAACGAUGCCGAAUGCUACUACGAAGCGAUUAGGUUAGCCAAGUUGCUGUUUGACUUUGGGACCAGUGCGGGAUUUCAGUUCAAACUGGUGGACCUUGGUGGUGGAUUCCCGGGUGAUUCGGAUAAGACGAUCGACGGUUAUGCAGAAGUAAUUAAUCGAGCUUUGGAUCAAUUUUUCCCAAGCCAGUGCGGAGUCGAAGUCAUUGCUGAACCGGGACGGUAUUAUGCGGGAUCUGCGGUGAGGUUGUUCACCACAAUUCACGGGAAGAAAUUCGUAAAUGCUGAGGACGGCGAACGUCAUGUUAUGUAUUACAUCAACGAUGGAGUAUUUGGAACCCUUUUCGACUGGGUAAGUUUGAGGGCGGUUCACGACUUGGCUCGGGUAAUCCCCGUGAUUACUAGUGAUAAACAGGGGAAACCACUGCUGAAAACCACUAUUUGGGGACCAACCUGUGAUUCUACGGAUAUCGUUUGUGAAGAUGUGGAGUUCCCAGAUCAUGACAUCGGCGAGUACAUGCUGUUCGAGAACAUCGGCGCCUAUGGGAUAACAUUCGCUACCAACUUCAACGGCUUUCCAAGUCCCAGCAUCCGGGUGUAUGUGAAGGAGCAGACGUGGGCAACCUUAUCAAACUUGAAGUCAAUUGAAUGGACAAACAAGCCUCUGGAAGUAUUAGAAACACAUUUUCAACAAAAAUAAAGGUCAACCAAGUUGUGAUUGCAAAGCGUCUGUUUCUUGCUUUCACUACUAUCUACAACAGUCUUCUGUUUCUGGCGAAACAGGUUUUUAUGAUGUGGCUGAUCGAUAGUGAAUAAUAAACUAAGUUGAAACUGC